CUCUGAGCUGUUCUGUUCUUUUCACUUCUCUGAGAAAAAAUCCUUUUGAACACACGGCCAAGUGGGAAGAGGAGAACAAAAGCUAUGGCUGAAGAAUCAACCAAUAAUUAUGAGGAAUAUGAUUAUCUUUUCAACAAUUUAAAUGGAAGUGAUCCAAACAAUGCCACCCACUCCAUGACUAGUGUAUCGCUUGUAUUCUACAGCCUGACGUGUCUCUUGGGUCUCCCUGGCAAUGCCUUUGUCAUAUGGAUAGCAGGGUUCAAGAUGAAGAGGACGGUCAACACUGUCUGGUUCUUGAAUCUAGCGAGUGCAGAUUUCCUCUGCUGUUUGUCCAUACCUUUUUCAAUUGUGGAAUUAGUUUUGGAGUACCACUGGCCCUACGGAAACCUAUUGUGCAAAGUCAUUCCUACGAUCAUCAUCCUCAACAUGUUUGCCAGUGUCUUCACACUGACUCUGAUCAGCCUGGACCGGUUUGCUCUGGUCAUCAAGCCUGUUUGGGCUCAAAAUCACCGUAAGCUCUCUUGGGCCUAUCUGCUAUGCGGAGCUGCAUGGAUUGCGGCUCUGCUCCUCAGCAUACCCUCCAUGAUCUAUAGAGAAUUGGAUUUCAGUGAAUUUACCGACAAGACCCGUUGUAUGUAUGGCAGCCUCAUGACAGAAUCCUUUGUCAAAAAGAUCUAUAUCAGUAGGUUUGUGUUUGGGUUUGUGAUUCCUCUCUUUAUCAUUGUUGCAUGCUAUUCGCUUAUCGGCAGAAAAGUGAGUUCAAUCGCCCGAUCUCAAAAGGCCAUGAAGCUCAUUCUUGGGGUCAUUGUAGCAUUCUUUGUGUGCUGGCUCCCAUACCAUGUGGUUGGACUGAUACUAGAGUAUGGAGGGGACUUAGAUCAUGCUGUUAUGGAGUCCCUUGAUCCACUGUCAAUCUCCCUGGCAUACAUGAACAGCUGUCUGAACCCCAUUCUGUAUGUGUUCAUGGGUCAGGACUUCAAAGAGAAGGUUCGGCUUUCUCUUAGACGUAUCCUGGAGAAUGCUUUCGACGAGGAUGUGACUAAAUCCACAUCGUGCUCCAGAGAACAACCAUCACGGGCCACACAUUUAUCUGAAGUGCAGCUUUGAAAACCCAGGAAUAGAAGAAAGUGACACAAAAUAACUGGCAGUCAUACUGACAGUAUGUCACUACCAUUAAAUGCACUGUUGUUGUAUAGUUUAUAGAACUGGUUUGUUGGAACAUUGCUGAUGAUGUAGCAAGAACAAUGGGUGAGCACAUGCUGUAGAUAAAAGUACAAAAUCACCAUGCUGUAAAUCUAAACAUACCUGUAAGUUUAUAAAGUGUACCUGUAAGUUUCUUUUCAUAAUUAUUUUGAACUCAAUGGUUUUAAAUUGCAAACAAAGGAGCAGAUAAUCAAAGGGGAGUAGCCCAUUUUAUAUUUCGUGUACUGUAUAAACUUAAAUUGCAAUGAUUAGAAGAGUAAAAAAUAAUCUUUGCUUCAAUCAUAAACAUGAAUGUUAUUCUUCAUGACUGAUGGCCUUAUUGUGAUAGGCUGGCUUAAGUUCCUGUACUUUUCUGCUGUCCAAUGAAAAGUAACAUUAUGCAGUAAACAAAACCUUGGUGUUUUUAAGCUUGUGAACAUUUAAUAAAAAGCACUAGAACAUCCUUCUC